GUUGGAAGGAACUCGACUGUGGAGCGGCAGUGUGUAUCGUCUCUGUGUUUGUAUACAAUGAAAUGGCAGAAGCCAAUAUUUCAGUGGAUCAGGGCCAGUUCAGCUGUUCAGUGUGUCUGGAUCUCCUGAAGGAUCCAGUGACGAUUCCCUGCGGACACAGUUACUGUAAGAGCUGUAUCUCAGACUACUGGAAUCAAGAGAGCAUCUACAGAUGUCCUUUAUGCAAACAGACCUUCAGACCAAGACCAGUUUUAGGUAAGAAUGUGGUGAUCGCUGAGAUGGUGGAGAAAUUCAAGGCGAUGAGUCCCCGAUCUGCUCCUGUGCCUGCUCCUCGUCAUCAUCCUCACACUGGAUCUAGAGAUGUGCAGUGCGACUCCUGCACUGGAAGAAAACAGAAAGCAGUGAAGUCGUGUCUGAAGUGUCGAAGCUCUUACUGUCAAACUCACCUUGAACAGCAUGAGAGUCUCUUCAGAGGUAAUAGACACAAUCUGAUGGACGCCACUGGACGACUGCAGGAGAUGAUCUGCCCUCAACAUGAUAAAAUGCUGAAGAUUUACUGCCGUACCGACCAGCGGUGUAUCUGUAUGCUGUGUUUGGUGGAUGAACACAAAAAUCAUGACACUGUAUCAACUGCAGCAGCGAGGACAGAGAAACAGAAACAUUUUGAGGAAACUCAGAGAAACAUCCAGACAACAAUCCAGCAGAGAGAGAAAUAUCUAAAGCAGCUGAGAGAUGCUGUGGAGUCUCAUAAGCGCUCUGCACAGACGGCAGAGGAGGCUAUUGAGAGGAUCUUCACUGAGCUCAUCCGCUCCUUUCAGAAACAUCGCACUGAGAUGAAGCAGCUGAUCAGAGAUCAGGAACGUGUCGCGGUGAACCAAGCUGAAGAACGACUGGCACGACAGGAGCUGGAGCUUGAUGAUCUGAGGAGGAAAGAGACUGAACUGAAACAGUUUUUAAACACAGAUGAUCAUACUUUUUUCCUUCAGAAUUGUCCAUCUGUCUUUCUCUCUGGAUCCACAGACGACUUCACUUUCAGUUCUCACCCCAAUUUUGAUGAAGUGGUGAAAUCUGUCUCUCAACUCAGAGACAAACUACAGCAGUUCUGCACAGACGAGAUAGAAAGGUUAUCUAAAACGGUGAAAACCGUCCAGGUCAUUGUCCCGAGUAUUGAUGAGGCAUUUCAAGAGACUUUCAGAAUGUUUAAAAGAUCACGUCCUAUUUCGAUGUCUCCGGAAGUGUGCGCAAGGCUUGAUGAGGCAUUGCAGGCGAAACCCGAAUACGAGAAGCCUUCUGCUUUUAUUUUUGCUGACGAAAGAGAUUCGUUUACCUUCAGUUCGUCUGGAUUGAAUCCAAUCAUGUCAACCUUGUUGCUUCCGGAAGCGGACGCAAUAAGGACGUUUAGUCAGUUAGGUAGCUAUAUAACCUUUUUUAUUCUCCUUUCUAUUCUGAAGACGAUGAAGAUUCGUUUGCUUUCAAUAGGCCUAAGUGUGAUGAAGACGAUCCAUUUAUGCGAAUAAAACUUCACUCUGUUCCUUGCAAAAACACACCAUAAAGCUUCAGAAGAGUUGAAAUGCCUUUUUUUGCACAUAAUAUUUAGCAUAGAUUUGUACAGUUGCAUUCUUUUUUCAUAAAUUUACAGGAUGAAAAACAUGUUUUUCGUGUGUUAUGUGUGUGUACUGCUGAGCGAUUAGUGUGUGUGCUAUUUCUUUUGAGUUUCACAGAUGCCGAGAGUUUAAGCAGUGCCGGUUCUGAUGUCGCUCUCUCUCACAGCGCUCUCAGAUCUCCUCUUCUCUCCGCCUACGGCCGCCUAAUUACCAGCUGGGGUUUUCUCCAACCCGUGCGGCGUGAUCACCUGUGUGUUGUCGUCUCGCCAUGCGGGAGCGAGGCGAAUGAUUGUUUUCUUUUGAUUCUAGUUUAUUUGUUUAAACCAGGUAGUGGCUUUAUUUCCUUUGUACACUUUUUAUUAUUUAUUUAGUAUAGUGAAGGGAAGCAGCUGCCCGGAAGAUUCACCCGUUUUAUUUCUUUUCGGGAGCCAGGUAAGAUCUCUCCCGACUGAAGUACAGGGUUAGUAAGGGUAUCUGUUUUCCCUUUAUGGGCCCUAC